CCCGCCGGAAAAAGAUAGACAAUAUGUCUUCGAAGAGAGAGAGAGAGAGAGAGAGAGAGGACACGUCGCCAUAGUGAUAAAUCGCGGACGGCACCGAAUCCUUUUGACUUCUCUCAUGGUUUCUUACACCCUUUUGUUAUUUAUACAAGUACGUCUCCAUACGGACCCUACAUCAUUUGCUCUCUCUGUUUCCAUUUUAGCUCGAAACCUCUCCCUCUUUAACAUCUCUGUUUCUCGUUUCAACCAAGCUAAACAAUAUUGCCUCAAAGAAGGCUUAAUAUACACUCAACUUCUAGAAGACAGAAGCAUAGCUCUAGUUGAUUACUUUUCAGCCAUGGGUAGAGCACCUUGUUGUGACAAAAGCGGCCUCAAGAAAGGGCCCUGGACGCCGGAGGAAGACCAGAAACUCAUGGAUUAUAUUCAGAAACAUGGGUAUGGAAAUUGGAGAACGUUACCGAAGAAUGCCGGACUUCAAAGGUGCGGAAAGAGCUGCCGUCUUCGAUGGACUAACUAUCUGAGACCUGAUAUUAAGAGAGGCAGGUUUUCUUUUGAAGAGGAGGAGACAAUUAUUCAGCUGCAUAGUAUAUUGGGCAACAAGUGGUCUUCCAUUGCAGCUCGGUUGCCUGGAAGGACAGACAACGAAAUCAAGAACUACUGGAACACACACAUUAGAAAGAGGCUCCUACGAAUGGGAAUUGAUCCAGUGACUCACAGUCCACGUCUCGAUCUUCUCGACCUUUCCUCAAUUCUGAGUUCCUCGCUUUACAAUCCAUCUCAGAUGAACGUGUCAAGGCUUCUUGGGGUCCAAACCUUAGUGAAUCCAGAACUUUUAAGGCUAGCCACAUCUUUUAUGUCAUCCGGCCACCAUGAAAACCCAAACUUGCUUCUUCAAAAUCUUCAAGAAAACCAGCUUUGCAAUCCCCAAAUAGAAAACCAAAUUUCACAGAUUGUCCAAGUACCCGAAGAACUUCAUGCGCCUAUUCAAGAAAUUCCAUGUUGCACUACAGUGAGUAACCCAUGUGUUUCAUUUCCUAGUGAAACACAAAUCAUGGAGCCCAAUGUAGAGCAGUUCCCAUCAAAUUUUACCCACUUCAGCUCCUCGAACUCUCAACCAACUGAGUGGCAAAGCAAUGGGAUGCCUUUAGAUUUUACUGAAGACUAUGUUUCUAUACCAAGUUAUUACAAUUAUGGGUCUGAUUGUCAAACUAUGAUGGAUCCUUCCUCUGAAUCAUCAACUUUCCAGUACUCCAACAACAGCAACCAGAAUUUCAGCUUCGCGUCAGUUUUCUCGACUCCUUCAUCGAGCCCAAAACCAUUGAACUCGAAUUCAACAUACGUCAAUGGCAACAGUACUGAAGAUGAGAGGGAGAGCUAUUGCAGCAACAUGUUGAAAUUUGAAAUCCCAGAUAUCUUGGAUGUUAAUGAUUUUGUGUAAUAUUGUCAAAAACAGAUUGGAAAAGCCUUCUACAUUUUCUGGGAUGUGAAUUUGAUGGAAUCAAUGCGAUACGUGAAAACGUUUCCCAAUAA